CACUUUCAUUUUCACUUUUUAUGCUGACUAACUGUGACGGCCUCGGUCGCGUCGUCGUCGCAAAUAUAAAAGAAUUUUUAUAAAAUAUUCUUUUUAGCUGCAUUCAGACCCCUCGUAUAUCAUUGGGGCUCAAUAUAGCAUUUGCUGUCCGUCAAAGGAGUCUUCGUAAUUUUGUGCAAUUAGCGUUAUCAAAUCCAUUGUUCUGCAGCCAUGACUUCCCUAGACAUGAGCCCUGCGUCAAAGAAGCAGGUCGAUGGAUUCACCAAGAAACUGACCCAAGAGGCAGAGCACCUGGUCUCGACGUUCUUCCCCCAAAAGAUCGCAGAGAUGGAUGCUUUGCUGCAGGCCUCUCUCUCCCUGGACGACCUGUCUGCUUUGAGGGCUCCCCUGGACAUCCCCAUUCCAGACCCUGCUAAAGAGGAGCUGAAGAGAAAGAAGAAAGAGGAGAAGGAGGCUAAAGAGGGAAAGAAAGACAAAGAUGAUGACAAAGAGGACGAGGAAGCCCCUCCCUGCGGACCCAUCGCCUGUAACGAGAGAGUGGAGGCUCUGAUUAAAGAGAUCAAGCCUCACAUUCAAACACUGAAGGAGAAACUCAACACGGUGUCCAUGUGGGUUCAGCUCCAAAUUCCUAGAAUUGAAGACGGGAAUAACUUCGGAGUGGCUGUUCAGGAAAAAGUCUUUGAGCUGCUGACUAACACUCGCACCAAGAUUGAGGGAUUUCAAACACAGAUCUCAAAGUACUACAGUGAGAGAGGAGAUGCAGUAGCCAAGGCUUCCAAACAGCCACAUGUGGGAGAUUUCCGACAGCUUGUUCACGAACUGGAUCAGUACCAGUACUGUGAGCUACGCAUCGUGGUCCUAGAGAUCCGCAACACUUACGCUGUUCUGUAUGAUGUCAUCACCAAGAACUUUGACAAGAUCAAGAAACCCAGAGGGGACUGCAAGGCCCUCAUUUACUGAGACCGGCCCUGUUUGCGUUCAUCUCUCUCACUCACACACCCACACGCACACACACACACGCACACACACAUUCUCACAGACGGAGAGAAGCAAAACGUAUUGUCUACCGUGACGUGACUCUUUUUCAGCUCCUGUUAUGGCACCAGGCAUGGCUAACACCAGCCUUGCUAUAAUGCAGCUUUUUACUACCAAUUUACAAAAUAAAAUAGUGAAUAAAUAUUCUGUUUUA